AUGCCCGUUGUCAGCGUCGAGGACCUCGUCCGUCUUCAACGGAAGCCCGACGAUAUUCGCAAUAUUUGCAUCCUAGCACACGUUGAUCAUGGAAAAACUUCAUUAACAGACAGUCUCAUCGCCACUAAUGGCAUCAUCUCACCGAAGCUGGCGGGCAAGAUCCGCUAUCUGGACUCGCGGCCAGAUGAACAGCUGCGCGGAAUCACUAUGGAGUCUUCUGCCAUUUCACUCUUCUUCUCUAUGAUGCGCCGCUCAGCUCCAGAUGCUCAACCGGAGCCAAAAGAGUACCUCAUUAACCUGAUCGACUCGCCUGGUCACAUUGAUUUCAGCAGUGAAGUAUCAACCGCUUCACGUCUCUGUGAUGGUGCCGUGGUCCUUGUUGAUGCUGUGGAGGGAGUUUGCAGUCAAACGGUCACUGUUCUUCGCCAAACAUGGGUUGAGCAGCUGAAGCCAAUUCUCGUGAUUAACAAGAUGGACAGGCUGGUUACUGAGCUGCAAAUGAGCCCUGCCGAAGCCUACUCACAUCUUAGCAGGCUUCUAGAGCAGGUGAACGCUGUCAUCGGUAGUUUCUAUCAAGGAGAGCGAAUGGAAGAAGACCUCCAGUGGCGCGAGCGCAUGGAAGAGCGCGUCAAUGCCGCUGCCCAGCAAAAACAGGCACAUGAUGGUGACGCCGAGUCCAGUGUUGACGGAGCAGAGUACGAGGAAAGGGACGAUGAGGAUCUCUAUUUCGCACCCGAGAAGAAUAAUGUCAUCUUCUGCAGUGCUGUUGACGGAUGGGCAUUUACUAUCCGGCAAUUCGCCGCCAUCUACGAGAAGAAGCUCGGAAUCAAGCGGGCUAUCCUUGAGAAAGUUCUCUGGGGUGAUUACUACCUUGAUCCCAAAACUAAAAGAGUCCUCGGCCAAAAACAUCUCAAAGGACGGGCCUUGAAGCCCAUGUUUGUGCAGUUGGUGCUGGACAGCAUAUGGGCUGCCUACGAAGCAACUACCGGCGGUGGCAAAGGAAAAGGGUAUGAUCAGACAACAAUCCAGUGUUUCCCAUGCUAA